AUGGCCGACGCCGACCGCCCGGCGCUCUCCGAGGAAGACUAUUUCUGGCAGGGUAUCAUGGCGGAGGCCCUGCACAACCUUUGCGACCGAGCCAUCGCUCUGUGCUGCCCAGCGGCGCAGGACAGCACGAUGUUCCGCGGGGUGUUCCUUCAACAACACCAGCAGCACGUCAUCGUCCUGCAACACCACCCGGCGGACAUGCACGCCCUGGGCUCCCCAGCCAUGGUGGCCAGGGGUGCCGCCGCCCGCCAAUGCUUCUACCGGUUCACCGACAUCCUGACGAGCGAAGCGAAGAACUACGUCAGCAACCCCACCCCUGCGGCCGUCCACGCCAUGGGAACCACGAGAUCCAACCGCCGGCCCCCACAGCAGGACACGUACUCCCUCCAGCUGCAACAACUACAGACGGUACAAACCCUGAACGCACAGGAGUACGAGGAACGGUCAGCCGACGACUACUACGACGCCGACGACGCCGACUUCGCAGCCGUCGGUGGGUCGACCGCCACCGCACCCCUGCCCUCGGAUGACACUGCCGAUGGUCGCCGACGGGCUCGCGGGGACACCCCCUACGGCAAACGCAGAGACAGCACGCCGACGGGCGGCCUCCGCCGGGCCAGCCUGAACGACACGCGCCGCAGCGACAACGUGGGCAGCAACCGGAGUCGCUUCCAAGACCGCGCAACUCAGCCACGAUCGAGGCUCUCCCAGAGCAUCUCGGAGGCAUCCACGGACACGGCGUCACAUGGAUCACGCAAGCGGGAGGCCCCGAACGACGCACCUGGAGCCACCGACGACGGGCGGAGGUCAAGCACCACCUCUCGGAGCCGCCGCAGGGCGCAAUUGCCCGCGGAGGCACCACGCUCAGGUGAAAGCUCCGAGAUCGACAUCAGCGAGUACAUUGCGCGUCACCGCGUGUGUUUCUCCCACGCCCGAGGCGAGGUUUGCCAACGAAUGACCACGCGAGGGCGUUGCCCCUACUCCCACGCCGAGGAGCCCAUCCCCUUCAACUCAUACCCGAGGGAACCACGCGUCACGGCUAUGGUGGACGACGAGAACACGAUCUUCUACGAGUCCACCUCGACCGUGCGGGCCCUCCACCUCGCCGCACUGGUCGAGGACGUGCCACCGCAGGACGUGCCAACCACAGGCCAACCCCCGGGGAACUCACCACAAGAGCAUCACAGGCGGGAGCCCGUCACCGCCGCUGCCCUUGGCGGGUCGGCUAGCGCUCCCACCACGGCCCUCUCGGGCUCCUCGAAAGGAUCCCACCAAUCGUACGUCAAAGCCUACGUGUGGAAUCGACGCAAGCGCAGGAGUGGAUUCUUGGCCACAGUGUUGGUGGACACUGGCGCGGGAGGAGGAAACUACGCUUCCGUCAAGUUCAUCCAUGCUGUCCAACGCCACGUGUUCGGCGGCAAAAACAUCGUCUCCAAGCGUGGGCGAGGGUUCUUGCACGCCGCCAAUCCCGCUAAGAACGCAGUGCCACCGAUGUCAAUCACCGGGACGGCUCUGCUGCCUCUAAUCUUCCCACCGGUAGACCGCGUCUUCACGGCACGCGUGCGCGUCGUUCAAGACCUACCGUUCGGCCUGAUUCUGGGUGCAGCUUUCCUGCGUCACUACGACAGCGUCCUGGAUUUUAAGGGCCCUGGCUCCUUUAAGCCGUCAGGAGACUCCGACAGCGUCGCCCUUUUGCCAGCGAAGCGACCGCAGAAACCCAUACCGUGGCGAGACCACCAUCCAGCACACGCUCUGUCCAACGCCUUGCUGGCCAGCGCUUCUAGCAAACUUGGAUGGACAGCUGCCCCGCACGCAGUACGAUCUGGACGCGUGCGCAACCAGAAGACGGGAGACUUCGAGGAUGCCAGCGAAACGAUCGCUGCCGACACGUACAGCGCCCAGGUUAUUCCGGGGAGGGUGAGUGCCGAAGUAGGAGCCUUGACCCUGGGCCCCCGGCCAUUCACAUCCCAACUGGUGGUGGUGAUUCCACUACCCCCGUUCGACUCCGAGAAGGACGUAGCCGUAGGAGCAGCCAAAGGAGUACAGUGGUGGACACCAGGAGCGCCCCUGAAGGCGAAGCUCACGAACCACACCAAGCACACCAAGUCCAUCGACGCGGGAGUACAGAUCGCCACGGCUUACGCCACCAACUGCGACGACGUCGAGCGGAUGCUCCUACUCAAGGAACCUGCUCCACCGGCGAUCACUCCGGAGCCACCGCCACAGCCCCCACCAACGGUGGAGGCCAGCCCUGAACCAUCAGACACCAUCAAAGUGGACGAGAUCAACACGGGCCCUCUCAGCCCUCGCGCUCGCACCACUCUGUUGAAGAUCAUCAGGGCGCAGGCCGACAAGGGCUUGUUUCCGGUGAAGGGUGCACCGCUGAAGCAGAUCCAUGGACGGGAAGUCUCUAUCCCUCUCAAGGACCCAAAUGCGACACCUAUCGCCUGCAAGCAGCAACGGCUCCCCCCGCAGUCUCAGGACAUUCUCAACAGCACCGUUGACAAACUACACGAACAGGGGAUCGUGGAGUAUGCCGACUCUCAGUGGUGCUCCCGGGUUUCGCUCCAACCGAAGAAGGACGGCGGAACGCGGAUGACGCUGGACUACCGUCCACUCAACAACCUGACGGUCAAGAACAGCGGCGGAAUCGGCAACCUGGCGUCGAUGCAUGACAGGGUGAGGAAGAGCAAGUGGUUCACACUCCUCGACCUUCCCCAGGCGUAUCACCAAAUCCCGAUCAAGCCCUCGGACAGGCCCAAGACUGCAUUCCGGGACGCCCGCGGGAGGCUGUACCAAUUCACCAGGUGCAGCUUUGGCUUGACGACCAUUCCGGCCGUCUUCUCAGCCCUCCUGGGGGACACCUUGCGGCCGACCGAGAGCAAGGGUGGCAUCGAGAGGUGGCUCGACGACAUCCUCAUCCACUCCGAGACCCUCGAGGAGCACCUCAAGAAGAUCGACGAAGUGUUGAAACUGCUGCAGGAAGCUGGCUUCUCCGUCCACUUCGACAAGAGCCUGUUCUGCAUGCAGGAGGUAGAGUUCCUCGGCGUCAUGGUUGGGAGGUCUGGUGUGCGACCACCACCGUCGAAAAUCAAGGCAAUCACGGAGAUGGAGAAGCCCACUACGGUGGGCGGGCUGAGGUCGUUCGUCGGGAUGGCCAACUUCCUGCGGGACUUCGUGAAGGACUUCAGCGCCAUCGUGGCACCCCUCACCGACAUCCUGCGCAACAAGGAUUUCAGCACCAAGCGGGCGAGGAACCUAGCCAUCCCUUGGGGAGAAGAGCAGGACGCCGCCCAUGACGCCAUCAUCAGAGCCCUGGUGUCGCCUCCAGUGCUACUGCCGCCGGACUGGGAGCUGCCGUUCACCCUUCACACGGAUGCGAGCGAGCGCGCAGCUGGCGCGGUGCUCACCCAAGUGGUGGAGGACCAUGACACCGCCAUUGGCUUCGGCAGCCACAGGUGGACCCAGUCGGAAGCGAAGCGUGCACCCACCGAUCGCGAGGUUCGGGCAGCACUCUUCGGCUUGGAGCACUUCAGGAUUUACCUCCUGCACCAACCUUUCACGCUCGUCACGGAUUGCUCGGCCAUCACCUGGCUCUUCCAGAGCCAACACCUGUCCUCCACGAUGUACAGAUACGCCCUGCGCAUGAUGGAGUUCACAAUGACCCUCCAAUGGCGCAAGGGCACCGAGCACACCAUCCCAGAUGCGCUCUCCCGUCUCCCACAGAAGGGUCCGCCGGGACCGCCUGUCGACACGACGUUCCCUGACGACAACUCGCGGCCUUCAGACGGCACCCGCGACCCGCUGGGACCAGUACUCGACGGAGUUCCACUCCAGAGCCUGGUACGGGACGACGACGACCGAGCACCCCCUCCCAAGCCCGCCGACGUCGGCAGCGGAGAACUUGCAGGGAGCACGCCGUCACUCGAUGGCAUCAAGCUGGCAACACUAGGGGCAACGGAAGUGGCAUCCGGCCCCGCCUUGUCCUUGCCGGUCCUCUGGGCACUGCAACACAGACUGGAGACGCCAGAACCAGGCGACCACGCAAGGCUCGCAGCUUACGCGGAAACGCGCGAGGCCUUCACACCCAAACGCCCCCGCGCCGCAGUCUUGGGGUGUGGCGCUGGGGGCUCCCUGUUGGCAUUAGGAGAGAUGCUCGACGUGCAAACGGCGAUUGAUCCGGAUUGGACGGCCAUCGAAUGCGCACGCGCCAACGACUGGAGCUAUAACGUCAACUUGGUGCGCACAUCGCUAGCGAGCUCCAAGUGCAAGGAGGCCAUCGCUCACGCCAAACCGGAGAUCCUGAUCGACAACGCGUGCCGCCGGUACGACCCCGACCGCACGGGCAGCACAGCGAACAGACAUGCGACAGACAUCACCGACGUCUUCCUGUCCAGCCGGGCAACACUCUUGGUGCUGGAGUGCCCGGCGCGGUUUGUGGGAACGACCGAGUGGAGAGAGACUCUACGACCACGCUUGGAGCGGAGCCGAUGCUCGGUGGAGGAGGCCACGAUCUCGGCUGCGUGUGUCGGAGUGCCCACUGGACAACAACGGACCUUUGUCGUCGCGUGCAAGCGACAAGCUGGCGACACCAACCUGGGCUCACAGCAAAGCUAG